AUGACGAAAAGGAAAAAGGACGAGGACAUCCCGCUGUUGGGGGGGCAAAGGAGUCUGGUCCAACCUUUAUCUUUGGAAGAGCUUCUCGCCAAGAAGAAGGCAGAAGAGGAAGCGGAGGCAAAGCCCAAGUUCCUCUCGAAAGCAGAGCGAGAAGCCGAGGCUCUGAAGAGGAGGGAGCAACAAACCGAGGAAAGGAAGAAGGUGACGGAAGAGGAGAGGAAGAAGAGAAGGAUGUUCCAGGACAUGGGGAGAAAAAUGAUGGAGGAUCCCCAGGAAAGAGAGAGGCGAGAGCGAAGAGAACGAAUGGACCGAGAUAACAACGGGAAUGAAAACGACGAUGGACGACAAAAGCUCAGAGAGGAGAAAGAUAAAAGCAAAGAACUCCACGCCAUCAAGGAGCGUUACCUGGGCGGGACCAAGAAGCGCCGGAGAACUCGUCACCUGAACGACAGGAAGUUUGUGUUUGAGUGGGACGCUUCUGAAGACACCUCAGUCGACUACAACCCGAUUUACAAAGAGAAGCACAGCGUGCAGCUGUACGGACGAGGCUUCAUCGCCGGCAUCGACCUGAAGCAACAGAAAAGAGAUCAGUCCAAUUUCUAUUGUGACAUGAUGGAGAACAGACGAACGCUGGAAGAGAAGGAGCAGGAAGAGGUGAGGCUGAAGAAGAUGCGUAAGAAGGAGGCGAAGCAGCGCUGGGACGACAGACACUGGGGUCAGAAGAAGCUGGAGGAGAUGACGGACAGAGACUGGAGAAUCUUCAGAGAGGACUACAGCAUCACCACCAAGGGAGGAAAGAUCCCCAACCCCAUCAGGAACUGGAAGGAGUACUCCAUGCCGGAUCACAUCAACGAGGUCAUCGACGCCUGUGGCUACAAGGAUCCGACACCUAUCCAGAGGCAGGCCAUUCCUAUUGGCUUACAGAACCGUGACAUCAUCGGUGUGGCUGAGACCGGUAGCGGUAAAACGGCUGCUUUCCUCAUUCCUCUGCUCGUCUGGAUCACUACCCUGCCGAAGAUCGACAGGAUUGAAGACUCAGAUCAGGGUCCUUAUGCUGUGAUCCUGGCUCCGACUCGUGAGCUGGCGCAGCAGAUCGAAGAGGAGACCAUAAAGUUCGGUAAACCCCUCGGCAUCCGCACAGUGGCUGUGAUCGGAGGAAUCUCCAGGGAGGACCAGGGCUUCCGUCUCAGGAUGGGCUGCGAGAUUGUGAUCGCCACCCCCGGCCGUCUGAUCGACGUUCUGGAGAACCGGUACCUGGUGCUCGGCCGCUGCACGUACGUGGUCCUGGAUGAGGCCGAUCGUAUGAUUGACAUGGGCUUCGAGCCCGACGUCCAGAAGAUCCUGGAGUACAUCCCGGUGACCAAUCAGAAACCAGACACCGACGAGGCAGAAGACCCAGAGAAAAUGUUAAAGAACUUUGAAUCUGGAAAACAUAAAUACAGACAAACGGUCAUGUUCACGGCCACCAUGCCUCCGGCGGUGGAGAGGCUGGCCCGAAGCUACCUGAGGCGCCCGGCCGUGGUUUACAUCGGCUCUGCUGGCAAACCUCACGAGAGAGUGGAGCAGAAGGUGAUGCUCAUGGGCGAGGGAGAGAAGAGGUGGAAGAAGCUGCUGGAGGUGUUGGCGCGCGGCUUCGAGCCUCCCAUCAUCAUCUUCGUCAACCAGAAGAAGGGUGUGGACGUGCUGGCCAAGUCUCUGGAGAAGAUGGGGUACAAUGCUUGCACGCUGCACGGCGGCAAAGGCCAGGAACAGCGAGAGUUUGCUCUCUCCAACCUCAAAGCCGGAGCCAAAGACAUCCUGGUGGCCACAGACGUGGCGGGUCGAGGUAUCGACAUCCAUGACGUCUCCAUGGUGCUCAACUACGACAUGGCCAAGAACAUCGAGGAUUACAUCCAUCGUAUCGGUCGUACUGGUCGUGCGGGUAAGAGCGGUAUGGCGUUGACGUUCCUCACCAAAGAGGACUGUGCCGUGUUCUACGACCUGAAGCAGGCCUUCAUGGAGAGCCCGGUCUCCACCUGCCCCCCGGAGCUGACCAACCAUCCCGACGCGCAGCACAAACCUGGAACCAUCCUGACCAAGAAGAGGCGCGAGGAGACCAUCUUCGCCUGA